AUGGUAACGACAUUUACAAAAGAUCCCAUUCAAAAAUAUUCUUCAGAUAUUGCUGUGCUAGGUUGCUCUUCAGAUGACACUAACCUAAAGUGCUAUACAGAAGAUACUAGCCUAGGUUGCCCUUUAGAAGAUAGUAGCCUAGAUAACUCUUCAGAUGAUACUAGCCUAGAUAGCUCUUCAGAUGAUACUAGCCUAGAUAGCUCUUCAAAUGAUACCAUGCAAGAUUAUUCUUUAGAUGACAGGAUGCAAGACAACUCUUCACCCAAUAUUAUACUUUCUAAUUCCCCAUAUCAAUCUGCUGAUCAGGACAGAAAUUAUUCAAGCCACCUCAAAAUAGUUGUUAUAAACCCGGAUGCGGUGGCUACCUACGUGACGUCCGUCUACACCGCAGCUUGUAACAACACCCUGGACGCCAUAGACAAGAGCCGCAUCAACGAACAAAACAGCGCUGGGGAGACGCCGCUGAUGAUCGCCGUCAGAGAACAAAACCCCACGGCCGUCACAAUGUUAACACGACACGGCGCGGAUUUAGAAAUAAGUAAAGACCCAGACGGUAAAUUUACCGCCUUGUCUUUGGCAGGCGUGAAGGGAUACGUCGAUGUUGUUAAGACUUUAGUCGGUCUAGGAGCGCGCGUGGAUUGUAUGGAAUCUGGAACUAUUUUAAAUAUGGCGCGAGAGAAUGGGUUUUUAGAAGAUAUUGUGUACCUUGAGAAUGAAUUCCGGCGUCAUGAAGGACUGGAAAGUUCGGCGUUGUAUCUCGCCGUUGAGGUAGGAGAUCUUGAAACGGUGCAGGCUCUGGUCAAAUGUGGGGCGGAUUUAGAUAAACUGGACAAGUUUGGCCAGACAGUCCUGCAGCGUGCCAUCAAUUCCCAGCACAUGGACAUUGCCGAGUGUUUAAUUCAUGCUGGGGUCUACUUGGAUAGCAAGGACUUUUAUGGACGGACGGCUUUCAAUUUAGACAAAAUGAAGAAAUUAAUUAGUUUACUUCUUGAAAAAGGCGCCGAUCCUAACAUAAAAGAUACUCGUGGGAGGUCAUUGCUUUUCAGAUCUCUAGAAGAAAAUCAUCUUAAUCUGGCCAAUGUUUUGAUUGAAGGCAACGCUGACGUCAAUACAGCCAACGAAGUAGGAGAGACGCCAUUGAAUAUUGCUGUUAAUAGAAACGACACAGAUAUGAUAAAGAACUUGUUAAGAAAAGGAGCCGAUGUUAACUUAUACGGAGGGAAAUUUCUUCCAAAUCCAAUUCGUGUGGCGGAAACAGGAAAUGUUGAGAUGAUGAAAUUGUUUUUACAACACAAAGCAGAUGUAGAUGUUACAGUAGAUGGGGUUAACGCCCUUUUUAUUUCCAUUGAGAAGAACGACACAAACAUGUGGGAACUUCUUGUGGGUAACGGGGCGGGGCUGGAAGCUUUCAACGCCCGGGGGGAGACAGUGUUGAUGAUGGCGGUUAAAGCUGGCAAUAUUGACCUGCUACGUCAUUUGGUGCAGCACGGCGCAGACGUCGAUUGUCUAAACAGCAGACGUGUCAGCGCUCUGUAUGAAGCCGUGAUACUCAGGAGCUGUGAAGCCGUGCAGCUUCUCGUGGAAGCCGGGGCCGCGUUGGAUACAGUUUAUUUCAAUGAUGGCUCCAUCCUGACCCUCGCUUUAAGAAAACAGAGAAAAGAUAUCGCGGCAUUGAUUGUUAAAACAAAACUAAAUACAAGAGAAGAAAUCGAUAUGUCUAGAACAAGUGACACAGACGAAUUCGACUUUAUCAAUGUUGUCAAUAGGAGAUUGCAGACUGCUUUACACAUUGCAGCCAGUAUAGAUAGUUGUUAUUUAGUAAAUUUGUUAACUGACGCUGGCGCUGAUGUAAAUAUGACAGAUGAUAAUAACAACACCGCUUUACAAAUUGGUAUAAGCAAUAUAGACAAUAAAGAUAUGGUGGAGAUAUUGCUAGAAGCAGGAGCGGAUCCCAAUGUUUUAGAUGAACACGGGGAAACGCCUUUGCUACACACAGUAACCUAUGCUCAAGGUUUUCCCAUAGCACGUUUGUUGAUCCAACAUAAUUCCAAUGUAAAUAUAAAAAAUAAACACGGCCAAACGCCGUUAAUGUUAGCUGUAGAACAAGGCAACAUCGAGAUAAUUAAUCUCUUGCUUGACCAUGACGCGAAGGUUGUACAUAAAACUAAUUUAGGAUUAGAUGCGGUACAGCGCGCCAUUUUCAAGAGAUCAGUGAUCAGUCUGAAGUCUUUAAAUCGCGCCGGGGCGGAUAUCAAUGCCAGGAACUCAAGCGGAGAAACAUAUCUAAUUCAGUCAGUGAAACGUUUACAGCUAGAAAUUGUUGAUGUGCUGAUAAAAUCUGGAGCAGAUGUUAACGCACAGGACAGCGAAGGAAAAUCUGCCCUAUUGCACAACCGUGCAACACAUUCAAUGUCUUUUUAUAGAAUUGAAGAACUUUUAUUGGCGGCUGGUGCCAAUGUGAACAUUCAAGACAACAAUGGAGAAACUCAUCUUAUACAAAUGGUGAAAAGUUUAAGAAUAGAAACCGUUGACUUGAUGAUAAAAUCCGGAGCUGAUGUUAACGCACAGGACAACGAAGGAAGAACUGCCCUAAUGCACAACACUUCAAGAUCUUUUUCUAGGAUUGAAGAGCUCCUGUUAAAAGCUGGCGCUAACGUGAACAUGCAAGACAGGAAUGGAGAAACCCAUCUUAUACAAAUGGUGAAACUGUCAAAGCCAGAUAUAGUUAACCGGUUGAUAAUUUCAGGAGCUGAUGUUAACGUACAGGACAACGAUGGAAAAACUGCUUUAAUGCACAACGCAGCCACACAGUCAACAAGUUUUUCUAGGAUUGAAGCGCUCUUGUUGGCUGAUGGCGCUAACGUAAACAUGCAAGACAAGAAAGGUAAAACGGCUUUAAUGUACACGGCUAAGUACAAAACGUUUCACACCAGUUCACAGUUACACACCGCGGAGAAUAUCAACAUCAAUAUAGAGGACAACAAGCACAGGACUGCUUUGUAUUAUGCCUUUAAAAAUAUUCACAUAAUAUUUCCAAGCUAUACCAUUACUGAAGUCAAUGCAAGUAAAUUCAACGCUGAACUUCUGUUAAAUCUUAAAAUCAAUCCUUGUUUAAACAUUGACCAGCAGAUAUUUGAGAGCUUGUUUUCUCGGUGUGGUCUUUUAGCUUUCAAUAACGAAAUAUCCAACUUUAACAGAUUUGAACACAUGCGGUUAUGCGUGAGUAACGGCUACAUGUACAAACAUCAAAAGCGCCAAACCCUGCUUUGUCUGGCCAUGUCGAAUGGUAGAGCUGGCGUUAUCAAGUAUCUGAUUUCAAACUGUUACCUAAUGUCAAUUGAUCUUCGCAUAAUCCAGGCUUUUAGCAAACAUCCCCGUGCCAGUACUCCGGAGAUUAAACGUGCAGCUUGCAACCCGUGGCCGUUGGUCAAACUGGCCUUCAUCGCCGUGUCCACUCGCCUUGGUUCCGGUGCUAACAGAACGCAGCGGAUCCAAAGUCUAGAACUGCCCGUUGACCUGCAGGACGCCCUGAUGUUUACAACCCCCAUAGCCAGGCUAGCAAGGAAAAAAUGGUCCAAGAUCCCCGUGUGUUUUGAUGUGGAGGAAUAUGAAAAAUUGGAGAACCCGCGACCUUUGUUGAGAUUCUGGCCGUACGAUAUUGCUGUGCUAGGUUGCUCUUCAGAUGACACUAACCUAAAGUGCUAUACAGAAGAUACUAGCCUAGGUUGCCCUUUAGAAGAUAGUAGCCUAGAUAACUCUUCAGAUGAUACUAGCCUAGAUAGCUCUUCAGAUGAUACUAGCCUAGAUAGCUCUUCAAAUGAUACCAUGCAAGAUUAUUCUUUAGAUGACAGGAUGCAAGACAACUCUUCACCCAAUAUUAUACUUUCUAAUUCCCCAUAUCAAUCUGCUGAUCAGGACAGAAAUUAUUCAAGCCACCUCAAAAUAGUUGUUAUAAACCCGGAUGCGGUGGCUACCUACGUGACGUCCGUCUACACCGCAGCUUGUAACAACACCCUGGACGCCAUAGACAAGAGCCGCAUCAACGAACAAAACAGCGCUGGGGAGACGCCGCUGAUGAUCGCCGUCAGAGAACAAAACCCCACGGCCGUCACAAUGUUAACACGACACGGCGCGGAUUUAGAAAUAAGUAAAGACCCAGACGGUAAAUUUACCGCCUUGUCUUUGGCAGGCGUGAAGGGAUACGUCGAUGUUGUUAAGACUUUAGUCGGUCUAGGAGCGCGCGUGGAUUGUAUGGAAUCUGGAACUAUUUUAAAUAUGGCGCGAGAGAAUGGGUUUUUAGAAGAUAUUGUGUACCUUGAGAAUGAAUUCCGGCGUCAUGAAGGACUGGAAAGUUCGGCGUUGUAUCUCGCGGUUGAGGUAGGAGAUCUUGAAACGGUGCAGGCUCUGGUCAAAUGUGGGGCGGAUUUAGAUAAACUGGACAAGUUUGGCCAGACAGUCCUGCAGCGUGCCAUCAAUUCCCAGCACAUGGACAUUGCCGAGUGUUUAAUUCAUGCUGGGGUCUACUUGGAUAGCAAGGACUUUUAUGGACGGACGGCUUUCAAUUUAGACAAAAUGAAGAAAUUAAUUAGUUUACUUCUUGAAAAGGGUGCCGAUCCAAACAUAAAAGAUAGUCGUGGAAGGUCCUUGCUUUUCAGAUCUCUAGAAGAAAAUCAUCUUAAUCUGGCCAAUGUUUUGAUUGAAGGCAACGCUGACGUCAAUACAGCCAACGAAGUAGGAGAGACGCCAUUGAAUAUUGCUGUUAAUAGAAACGACACAGAUAUGAUAAAGAACUUGUUAAGAAAAGGAGCCGAUGUUAACUUAUACGGAGGGAAAUUUCUUCCAAAUCCAAUUCGUGUGGCGGAAACAGGAAAUUUUGAGAUGAUGAAAUUGUUUUUACAACACAAAGCAGAUGUAGAUGUUACAGUAGAUGGGGUUAACGCCCUUUUUAUUUCCAUUGAGAAGAACGACACAAACAUGUGGGAACUUCUUGUGGGUAACGGGGCGGGGCUGGAAGCUUUCAACGCCCGGGGGGAGACAGUGUUGAUGAUGGCGGUUAAAGCUGGCAAUAUUGACCUGCUACGUCAUUUGGUGCAGCACGGCGCAGACGUCGAUUGUCUAAACAGCAGACGUGUCAGCGCUCUGUAUGAAGCCGUGAUACUCAGGAGCUGUGAAGCCGUGCAGCUUCUCGUGGAAGCCGGGGCCGCGUUGGAUACAGUUUAUUUCAAUGAUGGCUCCAUCCUGCACCUCGCUUUAAGAAAACAGAGAAAAGAUAUCGCGGCAUUGAUUGUUAAAACAAAACUAAAUACAAGAGAAGAAAUCGAUAUGUCUAGAACAAGUGACACAGACGAAUUCGACUUUAUCAAUGUUGUCAAUAGGAGAUUGCAGACUGCUUUACACAUUGCAGCCAGUAUAGAUAGUUGUUAUUUAGUAAAUUUGUUAACUGACGCUGGCGCUGAUGUAAAUAUGACAGAUGAUAAUAACAACACCGCUUUACAAAUUGGUAUAAGCAAUAUAGACAAUAAAGAUAUGGUGGAGAUAUUGCUAGAAGCAGGAGCGGAUCCCAAUGUUUUAGAUGAACACGGGGAAACGCCUUUGCUACACGCAGUAACCUGUGCUCAAGGUUUUCCCAUAGCACGUUUGUUGAUCCAACAUAAUUCCAAUGUAAAUAUAAAAAAUAAACACGGCCAAACGCCGUUAAUGUUAGCUGUAGAACAAGGCAACAUCGAGAUAAUUAAUCUCUUGCUUGACCAUGACGCGAAGGUUGUACAUAAAACUAAUUUAGGAUUAGAUGCGGUACAGCGCGCCAUUUUCAAGAGAUCAGUGAUCAGUCUGAAGUCUUUAAAUCGCGCCGGGGCGGAUAUCAAUGCCAGGAACUCAAGCGGAGAAACAUAUCUAAUUCAGUCAGUGAAACGUUUACAGCUAGAAAUUGUUGAUGUGCUGAUAAAAUCUGGAGCAGAUGUUAACGCACAGGACAGCGAAGGAAAAUCUGCCCUAUUGCACAACCGUGCAACACAUUCAAUGUCUUUUUAUAGAAUUGAAGAACUUUUAUUGGCGGCUGGUGCCAAUGUGAACAUUCAAGACAACAAUGGAGAAACUCAUCUUAUACAAAUGGUGAAAAGUUUAAGAAUAGAAACCGUUGACUUGAUGAUAAAAUCCGGAGCUGAUGUUAACGCACAGGACAACGAAGGAAGAACUGCCCUAAUGCACAACACUUCAAGAUCUUUUUCUAGGAUUGAAGAGCUCCUGUUAAAAGCUGGCGCUAACGUGAACAUGCAAGACAGGAAUGGAGAAACCCAUCUUAUACAAAUGGUGAAACUGUCAAAGCCAGAUAUAGUUAACCGGUUGAUAAUUUCAGGAGCUGAUGUUAACGUACAGGACAACGAUGGAAAAACUGCUUUAAUGCACAACGCAGCCACACAGUCAACAAGUUUUUCUAGGAUUGAAGCUCUCUUGUUGGCUGAUGGCGCUAACGUAAACAUGCAAGACAAGAAAGGUAAAACGGCUUUAAUGUACACGGCUAAGUACAAAACGUUUCACACCAGUUCACAGUUACACACCGCGGAGAAUAUCAACAUCAAUAUAGAGGACAACAAGCACAGGACUGCUUUGUAUUAUGCCUUUAAAAAUAUUCACAUAAUAUUUCCAAGCUAUACCAUUACUGAAGUCAAUGCAAGUAAAUUCAACGCUGAACUUCUGUUAAAUCUUAAAAUCAAUCCUUGUUUAUACAUUGACCAGCAGAUAUUUGAGAGCUUGUUUUCUCGGUGUGGUCUUUUAGCUUUCAAUAACGAAAUAUCCAACUUUAACAGAUUUGAACACAUGCGGUUAUGCGUGAGUAACGGCUACAUGUACAAACAUCAAAAGCGCCAAACCCUGCUUUGUCUGGCCAUGUCGAAUGGUAGAGCUGGCGUUAUCAAGUAUCUGAUUUCAAACUGUUACCUAAUGUCAAUUGAUCUUCGCAUAAUCCAGGCUUUUAGCAAACAUCCCCGUGCCAGUACUCCGGAGAUUAAACGUGCAGCUUGCAACCCGUGGCCGUUGGUCAAACUGGCCUUCAUCGCCGUGUCCACUCGCCUUGGUUCCGGUGCUAACAGAACGCAGCGGAUCCAAAGUCUAGAACUGCCCAUUGACCUGCAGGACGCCCUGAUGUUUAGAACCCCCAUAGCCAGGCUAGCAAGGAAAAAAUGGUCCAAGAUCCCCGUGUGUUUUGAUGUGGAGGAAUAUGAAAAAUUGGAGAACCCGCGACCUUUGUUGAGAUUCUGGCCGUACGGUUGUUUUUUAAGGCUGUAG